UUUCACUCUCUUUUGAUCUCUUACAUAUAUAGCAUUUUCUUAAGUAAGAAGGAGAAAAAUUAAAUAAAACUAAAAUGGGUUAUAGUUCAUCUGUUUCUUGCAUGGUUUUCACAGUAUUACUGAUAAGCUUGGCAUGUGAAGCACAGCUUUCUUCAAACUUCUAUGACAAUACAUGUCCUAGUGCCCUAAGUACUAUAAAGGAAGCUGUAGCUAAAGCCGUCUCCAGUGAGCGAAGAAUGGCUGCUUCUCUCGUUCGCCUUCACUUCCACGAUUGCUUUGUUCAAGGUUGUGAUGGUUCGGUUCUGUUAGAUGAUACUUCAUCAAUGACUGGCGAGAAAACUGCUCGCAACAAUGCCAACUCUAUUAGAGGUUUUAAUGUUAUUGAUAAUAUCAAAUCUCAAGUAGAGAGUAGAUGUCCUGGAAUUGUUUCUUGUGCAGACAUUGUUGCUGUAGCAGCUCGAGACGCAUCUGUUGCUGCUGGUGGACCAUCAUGGACAGUGAACCUUGGCAGAAGGGAUUCUACCACAGCAAGCAAAACUCUAGCUGAUAACAACCUUCCUGCAUUUACAGACACUCUUGAUAAACUGACUUCCUUGUUUAGUAGCAAAGGUUUGAGUCAGAGAGAUAUGGUUGCUCUUUCAGGAGCACAUACAAUAGGGCAAGCAAGAUGUUUGACCUUUCGCAGUAGAAUUUAUAGCAAUGGAAGUGAUAUUGAUGCUGGCUUUGCAAACACUCGCAAGCGCAAUUGCCCUUCUGAUAGUGGCAAUGGAGAUGGAAAUCUUGCACCACUUGAUUUAGUGACACCAAAUAAUUUUGAUAACAAUUACUACAGAAAUCUUAUUUCUAAAAAGGGUCUUCUUCAGUCUGAUCAAGUACUCUUCAGUGGCGGAGCCACAGACAGCAUCGUUAAUCAAUAUAGUAAAGAUGGUUCAAUUUUCAGAUCUGAUUUUGCAUCAGCUAUGGUAAAAAUGGGAAAUAUAAGUCCCUUAACUGGUUCUCAAGGAGAGAUACGCAGGGUUUGCAAUGUCGUUAACUAGUUGAUGCACAAAGAAUACUCAAGUGUCAAAUGUUAUUACCGUCAUAACCAUGUUUUUUAGUACUAUAUAUAGAAUUAUGUGCUGGAAUAAAUUGUGGGAGAAGAGCUUAAGCUAGAAUCAUUCCACUUGAGGCAUCCUAAUGCCUCAUUAUUGUAUUUUAAAUUGAAGUGUGAUUGAUUAAGUCUUUUUAUUAUUAUUAUUAUUAUUAUUAUUUUUUAGAGUGUA